AUGUCGACGAAAGGUAGCAUUAAAAAUGGAAAAGGAUCUUACGAUUCACUGGCCAUUAAUAAUGCCGACAAUAAAGAAGAUAAUGGCGAAAUAAAACUGGAAGCUAAAAUGUCUCUUCUUAAUGGAAUAACAGUAAUUGUUGGUUCAAUUAUUGGUUCAGGAAUUUUUGUUAGUCCCACUGGUGUUAUUAUGCACACAGGAAGUACUAAUGUUGCUCUUAUUGUUUGGACCGCAUCAGGAAUAUUUUCAAUGGUCGGAGCUUAUUGUUACGCAGAAUUAGGAUGUAUGAUUAAAAAAUCUGGAGCAGAUUAUGCAUAUAUAAUGGAAACAUUCGGACCAUUUGCAGCAUUUGUACGUCUUUGGGUUGAAUGCAUGAUUGUUCGACCUUGCAGUCAAGCAAUUGUUGCACUGACAUUUAGUAUUUACGUUCUUAAACCAUUCUUUCCGGACUGUUCACCUCCAGAAGAUGCUGCUAGAUUGCUUGCUGUUGUUUGUAUAUGUACACUGGCAUUUGUAAAUUGCUGGGACGUUAAAUGGGCAACAAGAGUUCAAGAUGUUUUCACGUAUGCAAAAUUACUAGCUCUACUGGUAAUCAUAAGUGCUGGUGCAUAUCAACUUUGCAAAGGGCACACUGAGCAUUUUAACUUUGACGGUACAAAAACUGAAGUUACGUCAAUAGCUCUUAGUUUUUACUCGGGUUUAUUUGCUUACAAUGGAUGGAAUUACCUGAAUUUUAUAAUCGAAGAGCUCAAAGAUCCUGUUAAAAAUCUCCCGAGGGCUAUUGCCAUUUCAUGUACUCUCUGUACAGUCGUUUAUGUCUUGACCAACGUUGCGUUUUACACGACAUUGAGUCCUAAACAAGUACUGUCUAGUGAAGCUGUCGCGGUUACAUUUGCGAAUAAUCUUUUUGGUAUGAUGGCCUGGACGAUACCGGUAUUCGUUGCCCUCUCGACAUUUGGUGCCGUCAAUGGAAUACUCUUGACUUCAUCACGAUUAUUUUAUGCGGGUGCUUGUGAAGGACAAAUGCCGGAAAUUCUUACGAUGAUACAAACUUCGAGAUUAACUCCUGCUCCUGCUGUCAUUUGCAUGGCACUUUUAUCAAUGUGUUAUUUAACUUCGUCAAAUAUUAAUGGUUUAAUAAAUUACGUUGGAUUUGCAACUUGGUUAAGUAUAGGGGUAUCAGUUUUAUGUGUACCUUGGCUAAGGUGGGCUCAGCCAAAUUUACCACGACCAAUAAAAGUAAACUUGAUAUUCCCAAUAUUUUACAUCCUGGCUACUCUGUUUGUUACGAUUGUGCCGAUGUGGGCAAGUCCUGUUGAAACAGGAUACGGUUGUCUUAUGAUAUUUUCCGCUGUACCUGUAUACCUGUUGUUUAUUUCUUGGAAAUCGAAACCGAAAUGUUUCACCAAUGCAGUUGGCGCAGUCACUCAAUGUUUCCAGAAGACAAUGAUAGUCGUUGGACCAAAGUCUCAGUAGGGACUACGAGGCUGAUGCAGAAAUUGAUGGUGGUCGUAGGCAAAUCGAAACCUGCUCAAGUGUAAAUUAAAAACGGCCUCAAAUACAACUUCCUACGCACUACUUAAUUAAUUAAUUUAUUAAUUGAUUAUCCUCAUUUUUAAAUAAGAAAUAAAAAUUUAUUUUUUUUUCUUAUAAACAACCGCGUAAAAAAAAUUAAUUCCAAAAAAGUUCAUGGCUGAACUUCCAAAUUUGAGAUAAUUCUGGACUUUCAGUUGAACAUUUUUAAAACUUUGAAAAAGUUAUAAAGUGAAUAAUUUUCGACUGUGCUUUUCCGGCGCGUUUAUUUUUAUUUUUUGAGCAAAAAUAAUUUGAUUUGACAAUUUUUUGGAUUUGAAAAACAAUAAUAAAAAAAAAACAAGGCGUUCGGCAGCUAAAAUGGAAGGAGAUUUCAUGAUAUCUACAUGUAUAAAUAGAUAUAUAUGUAAAAAGAAUAGACAAAAUCGGAGGUAUUGAGAAAACCACAAAAAAGUUUUUUUUGAACAUCAUCAUAAACGAAUGCAAUAGCAAAAUUUCAUUUAAUGAGUAGUAAGAUGAGUAAUUUCUUUGGUCUAGGAAUAUAUAUAGGCAUAAAAAUUAAAGCUUAUUUAAAAAGCUUUCAGAUGCAUUUUGAAGAAAUUCGAUAAGUUGUCACACUCCAAAGUUAUCGAAGAAAGAAUCAGUAAAAAUAUGAAUUUUUGACAUUUUGAAAUGCUUUAACUUUUAAAUUAAUUCAUCGAUUUUGGUCAUCUUCGAACUUGAUCUCGAAAAUCGUCCACAGAAAAUGUGUGCUGAGUUUCAUUGAGAUCAGUUAAGAAUUUUGGCCGUUAUCGUCGUGCCAAGUCGCGUUCUAUCGUAUAAAUAUAUAAAUGUAUAAAUAUAUACAUACAUAUAUAAACUUUUGGACCAUAUACAUUUCCUGACUCAGCUCGCAAUAGUUGGAUUUCUAUGAAAUCUACUAAAAAGGAAUUAUGAAAAUUUAUGACUCUUACCCAAAUUAUUCAGGUUUGAGGAAAAACAAAAAUAAAAAUGAGUUAAAAAUAUUUAUUAACAAUUUUUUACUUUUGUUGAAAUUUUUUGGGAAGGUCAGUUUUUUAUUCACUUUUUGACUUGUUCAAAAAUAGUCCAAAAAAUGAGUGAUUGGAACUUUUUAUGAACUCACAAAAUUAUCAAUUCAAAUCAAUUUUGCUUAAAAAAUUUCAAAAAAAUUAUAAACCCGCAAGAAAAGUCCAUACUAUAGUUGAAAAUUUUUCACACAUCUAAUUAUUUUAAAGUUUCAAAAAUCUUCAACUCAAAGUUCAGAAUUGUUUCAAUUUUUGAAUUUCCCUGUGAGGAACGAAUUUUUUUUUUACCCAGGCAAUGUAUUUAGCGAUAUAUUUUUUUAAUUACUUAUGAGCUUAAUUAUACAUCAACAAUACAUUAAAAAUCAUUCGAUAGAUAGAAAAUACCAGCCAUCUAUAUUUAUUUGUCGAACGAUUGGUAUUAAUAGCAGCCUGUGCUUUUUAAAUAAUUAAUUUUAUAAUAAUAAUAAUGAUAAAUACUUUAUUUUAUUUAAUUGUAUUGACUGACGAAGUGAUAUAUUGUAAGGAAAUGUUAAAUAACAAGUAUGUUAAAUCACUUCAUCUUAAAACGCAUAAAUUUAUGAGAUUAUGAACGUAUUUUUAAGUGUUCUAAUUAAAGUUACAAUUACAAUUACUCAGAUAAAAACAAAACAAAGCAAAAAAAAAAUAACAAUAAUACAUAUAAUGAAAAUUGACUGCCAGCAAAACAGAAUUAAGAAAGUCCAUCAUGCGAAAGAGGCGAUUAAAUGUAUGUGUAUAUCAUUUAUAUAUUUCUGUUGAUAUAUUUGAACAAUAUACUACUUAUCUAUUUCAGAGUUCAUCAUAUUAACACAUAUCGUUAUUGUUAUUUUUUUAAAAAAAUAAACUAAAAAAUGAAUAUUUUUUAUCUGAUUGAUCUAUAGAAAUAAAAAUAGAAAAUGAUGAGCGAGAAUGAGUGAGAAAAAAAAUCAUUUAGAAUUUUAGACAGUGCCUACAAAGUAUAUUCUUGUAAAUCAGUUCUUAAUUUAUAUAAAUAAUAAACAAUACGUGCGUAGGUAUUUUUUAUUUUAAAUUCCGUCUUUAAAUUUCAUCAUCAUAAUUAUAAUUAUAGAAAUUAUAAUGAUAUGACUGUUAUGCGACAAUAAUUUAUCUUAAAGACGAGAAAUUAUCACUAAAUUUUAUAAAUCUUAUUGUAGUGUUUUUUUUUUUUUUUUUUAUCAGCUUUUGUUUACAACAAAAUAAUUUUACUUUUAAAAAUAAAAAAAAAACAAGUGGAUCAGUAAAUGUAUUAAUAAUUUAGGAUCUGAACAAAAGCGAUAAUCUAUUAAAAAUUUUUAAAAAAUAAUUGACAAUAUAUUGUGUAUAUAAUAUAUAUAUAAUACAUAUACUACCUCAUUGUUUGGUGUUGACUUUCGUCCGGCAAAAAAUAAUGCAUAUAUAUGUAAAAAAAAAGAGAAAAAAAAAUGGAAUUAAAAUUAAUAUCAAUAUCAAUAAAAUAUCUGAUGAAUGUUUUUUUUUUUAUUUGUUGACACUUAUUAUUAUUUUAUCAUAUUUAUUAUCCUUCCUAUUAAUUAAAAUCAUAGAAAUUUAUUUUACAUAAAAUGACAUAACUUAAUUCAAAAUUACAUGUUUUUAUGGCUGAUAAAAAAUGGACAGAUUUAAUCAUAAAGUAUACAAAAAUUUUUUUUUUUUUUUAAUCAAAUAAUUUAUUUAACAUGAGUAUGAAUAUAGCAGACAUCAGAGAAAUAUAAAAUUAUUAAUAAAUAGAGUAAAUAAUUAAUAAAAAAAUUUUUUAAAAAUGCGCAUUUAAAAAAUUAAAAAAUUACUAAAGUAAAAGGCCCUAUACCCGCUCACUUUUCAUUGGAGUGAGAUUAAAUCACUCGAUAUAAAUUAAUAAAUAAAAUGAAAAACUAUUUUUUUUUUAUAGUCAUUUUUUGCAGUUUUAAGGGGAUACGCUAUCGGACCUCUUUCUCAAACUCAGAAAAAUAAACGGGACUAUUUUUGUUGCACUUGUUAAGUAAAUGAGAAUUUUAAAACAAUUUUUCUCGGAAACGAAUUCAAAUUUUUGAAAAUACGAAAUUUCUAGCCCUCUGUUAAAGUUUGAAAAAACGCUAAAGACUCUCUAUUUUAGAUUUCUAGUGUUUGUCCGUAAAUAAAAUUGAAUUGAAAAUCGGUUACCGUUAUCCCUUAAGUAUUAGAAUAAAAUUUUAGUUUGGAGAAUAAUGUUGAUAAUUAAUUAUUAUUAAUUUUUUAAAUAAGGUCCUUGAGUGUAGCCAUAGUCGCUCACUAAAAGCUGUGAUGUACCAUUACUCGAUCAACAUAUGGCCCUAUAAUCGCUCAAAGACAAUAUCAAUUAAACUAUGAUAAGUUUAUUGAUUUGGAAAGUAAUUUAUAAAUUAUACUACUUUAUUCUUUCAUAAUAUAAAACUUCAUGAAUUUUAAAAAUGUAUUUAAUAAGAUAUAGUUAUAACAAUUCUUAAAAAAUUUGACGUAGUCUAAAUUUAAUCUAACGAACGAACGUAAAAGUAAAAACUUCCCGACUGAGCGCGAUUUUGAAGAGUCACUUAAUUUAAAUUUAUAACCUAUUAUCAAAUAAUUUAAUACAUGUUUUAAUAUAUUUAGAUUCACAAAUAAUAAUAUAUCAAUAAUAAUUUUUUUAGUUGAAAUUUUUUUUCAUAAAAAUUAUAAAAAACGCAUUAAAUAGUUAAAGUGAGCGACUAAUGGUACUGAGCGGGUAUAGGGGCUUUUACUUUGAAUGUAUUUUUUAUAAAUAUUAUUUUUUAAUUAUUUACUCUAUUUAUUUUAAAUUUGUCUGAUGUCUUCUACAUUCACAAUCAUUAUUUUAUUUGUAACUAAAUUUUUAAAAAUUUAAACGUAAUUAUUUUGUUCAUAAAUAAUUUAUUUUAUACGAUCAAUGAUCAACAUUAAAUACAAUCAUAUUUAAUUUAAAAAAAAAAAUUAAUAAAUACAAAAAAAAAAAAUAUUUUAUACGAUCACGUCUUACCAUUUUUUUUUUUUAUCGAACAUAGAAUUACGAUGAUGAAUGUAUUUUUCUUCGAGUAUAAACUAUUGAAAGAGCGUAAUAAUUACAAGAAAUUAUUUGGUUUGUAUUGACAUCAAUAAGUAAUUGGUUUGAAUAUAUUUAUUAAUAAAAAUUGUGAUUCCAAUCACCUUGGAUGCACUCCAGCAUAUUUAUUUUUUAUU